GCGUAUUCUACUGUUUCCAUUUGGAAAUAACAAUAAUGAUACUGUAUCAAUAUAUCUCGACUUUGCUGAUCCUAAAGGCGCACCACCGGGCUGGCAUGCAUGUGUGCAAUUUGCUUUGGUGUUAUGGAACCCCGAUGAUCCAACACAUCAAAUUCAUCACAAUGCGCAGCACAGGUUUACCGCGGAGGAAUCAGAUUGGGGUUUCACGCGUUUUUAUGAGUUCCGUAAGCUUUUUUCUCCUUGCGAAAGGCGAACGCGUCCUCUGAUCGAAGGUGAAGCGGCAAAUAUAACCGCCUUUGUGCGAGUUUUGAAGGACCCGACAGGCGUACUGUGGCACAAUUUUAUCAAUUACGAUUCGAAGAAGGAAACUGGUUACGUUGGGCUAAAAAAUCAAGGAGCUACUUGUUAUAUGAACUCUUUGUUGCAGUCACUUUACUGCACUAAUUAUUUCCGAAAG